AUGCCGGACCAUCCCCCGACGCCCCCCCGGGUCGUUCGUCGUACAUCCGCCGGGUACUACGAAUCGAUAUCGUACGAUUUAGGCGUGAACGCCGUACUCAGGAGACGAAUCAACCGAGAUUCAGUAAAUUCUCAGCCGCGCGCGCCACCCGCACGCCGCGUCGCCUCACACGCCGCGUCGCGUUUAGAAUCCCGCGUGCGCUUCGCCGCUAGGGCCUCGAGGUACGCGUUGACCGUCGUGAUCGGUGUGAUCACAGGGGCGUGCGCGUGGGGAGUGAGCGCGGCGACGAUGCAAAUCGUGACGAUGCAGAGCGCAUUGGUGUCGCGAUACUAUGGCGACGACGCCAGGGCGACGACGACAGUGUUUUUCGUCACCUCGGCGACUCUGGGUUUGGUAGGAGGAUGGAUGGCGAUAUUCUACGCACCCGCAGCGAGCGGUGGGGGGGUGACGCAGGUGAUGGCGACGCUGAACGGAGCGCGUGUGCCCGGGUUGUUGAGCGGACGGACGCUCGCGGCGAAGAUUGUCGGGGUCAUCGCCGGGGUCGGGAGCGCUCUGGCGAUCGGACCAGAAGGGCCUAUGGUGCACAUCGGAGCGGGUAUCGCGAGCGUGUGCGCGCUGUAUUGGCCGAGGAAGUUUUUGUGCGAGGACAAAGAGGAGGCGGAGGCGAGUAGAGCGGAUGCGCUGAGACGGAGAUACAACGAGACUGCGUCGAGUUCGAGCGAGGAUGGGUACACUGACGAUGAUUAUAGUGACGAACGCUCGGAGAGCGGGGCGUGGGCGUCUUCGGAGAGCGAUGACGAAGAGAUUCUGGACGGCGACGGCGCCAUGGACGGUUUGCUCGCGGAAUCUAGGCGUCGCCGCGCGCGUCGCCGCGCGGCGACGCGGCGCCAACGAUGGCCGAGAUUUGGAGAAUCGCAAAAACUAGACGCUGUGCUCUUAGACUUGGCGGCGCCGUCGACGCACAGAGACUUCGUCUCCGCCGGCGCUGCUGCCGGUUUAGCGGCCGCGUUCGGCGCCCCCAUUGGAGGCGUUCUGUUUUCGUUCGAGGAAGCGAGCACGUAUUGGAGUCAGCGCACGAUGUGGAGGUGCUUAAUUUGCGCCGCAAUCGCGUCUUUCGUGCUCGCCUUACUCGAUUUGAGAGGGAAUCCCGGGAUGGUGUUCAUUACCGGAGACUCUCUGCGGCCGACGACGCCGCGUGAUUAUUUUCAUCAGCUACCAUUCUUUGUCAUCGUCGCCGCCCUGGCUGGUCUCACCGGGGUAACGUUCAACAAGAUUCAGGCGUGGACGUCUAGAUUUCGUCCGGCGCCCAAGCACAAGAUUGCGAGAUUGUUUGAGUGCGUCGCCGUUGUGUUGGCGACGGUCGGAAUCCGAUUCGCCGCGUCUGCCUUUGCGGGACAGUGUAUGGCGCCUCCCGACGCGUGGGUCGAAGACGGGUUCGGCGUACGAUUUAAUUGUCCCGAGGGGGAAAUCAACGACAUCGCGACGGUGUUUUUCGUCUACCCCGGGCGCGCAAUCGGCUGGAUGUUUGGCAUGGCUGAGCACGUGUGGGGCGAGGCGUACGGAUUCACCGCGCAAGGCUUGGGCAUCGCCGCGGUAUGUUACCUCGUGAUGAUGGCGCUCGCGUUCGGAAUUGCCGUUCCGGGCGGAUUAUUCAUGCCCAGCCUCUUCCUCGGCGCGUGCACGGGCGCGUGCUCGGGGCUGAUGCUCAAAGCGGCGUUGCCCGAGUCGUGGGACAUUCAACCGGGCAUAUAUGCCCUCAUUGGGGCCACUUCGGCGCUCGGUGGCGUCUUCCGCUCAUCCGUCUCCUUAGUGGUUAUCAUGGUCGAGAGCACGAACGGGCAAGCCUUCGUGUUCGCCAUUAUCGUCGCCGUCAUCGUGAGCAACCUUGUCGGGAAUUAUUUUGCCCACGGGAUUUAUCAUGCCGAGUUAUCCAGGAGCAAAACUGUGGCGUAUCUUCCGAGAGAUCCCUCAAGUUCGCUGGACGGGAAGACGGCCGCGGAUGUUAUGGCGACCCCUGCUGCAUUCUUACCCGAGAUUGCGUUCAGAGACGCGGUGAAAUCUCUCCUGGAGCACACGACUCAUAACGGAUUUCCCGUUGUCGACGACAGGGGUAAACUCUCUGGGUUAAUCUUACGCUCGCAACUCGAAGUUCUUCUCGCAGCGAGCCCGAGAGACGCCGCUCCUAGCGCAAGCGAGACGACGCAAUCGCGCUUGGAUUUAGAGAUGCGCACGGCGCACAUCCAGCGAGUCACCAAGGGAGCGACACCCGGCGUUGCUGCCGGUUUGCUCGACGAGACGCUUGACGACAUUGAGGUCGAGCGUAUCAUGCGAACGAACUCCACGCCGCGCCGCCCCGCUGAUGCCGACGCCGACCAUGCCGGGGGCGAUUUCGCGUCGCCCCUUGUCGACAUCCGGACGUACAUGAAUCCCGCGCCGCUUGCUGUGCCGCUCGAUUACCCGGCGGACCGCGCGCACGGCGUCUUCCUCUCCCUCGCCCUACGCCAUCUCCCAGUCAUCGACGACGAGCACAUCGUUCGGGGUAUCAUCACACGAAAGGACCUCAUCGACGCUCGACCGCACUGA